UUAUUUGUGGGGAGGCGCUGUAGCCAUUUCGCCACAUGAAAGCCCGAUGAGCUGAACGACCAACAUCCGAGUUGUUCGUGGAGAAGAGAAAUCAGCUUUGAGGAGCUCCGCGCGCACACACACGUACACGAACUCACGCGCAAAGACGCACGGCGCGCAGACACGUCCACUUCUUCCUCCUCCUCCGCCGUGGAAAAAAGACAGCAAGAGAGGAACAGAGAGAGGGCACACGAAACGCAAACUUCCAACUCUCCCAUGUGGAAAGCAGAGGUUUGAGGAUAAGGUAUAUUUUUCCUCCUUGGGGCUCCGUUCCUCCCCCCUCUCUCUCUCUUCCUCUCUCUUUAAACGUAUUUGCCCGGACAGUGGUGUUUCUAUGAGACUCUUGCUCGGCGAGAAGAGAAGUUUGGUUGUUCGCCUGGUCGGCUGAGGAGGAGGAGAAGGACAAGAGUCGGGUUAAAGUCGGGGAAAGAUGGUCCGAAACGCCGCUUGUAGAAGAAGCGUGCUGUGCAUCCUGGCGCUCAGUCUCAGCUUUGCGUGUUCACCAUGCAAUGCUCGGAUUUACACCAACCACUGGGCGGUCAGGAUAGCCGGUGGACCCGAUAUGGCCGAGUGGAUAGCGGAUAAAUACGGCUAUAGGAACAUGGGACAGAUCGGGGAUCUCAAAGACCACUAUCACUUCUUCCAUAGCCGGACCAUCAAGAGGUCCACGUUGUCAAGCCGCGGUCGACAUAGUUUCAUCUCCAUGGAGCCCAAGGUGGAGUGGAUACAGCAGCAGGUGGUGAAGAGGAGGAUCAAGAGGGAUUACAAGCCCGUCCCGCCCCUUUCCCUGACAAGCCCCGCCCACAGCAGCCCGGCCCAGAACAACAUAUUCUAUAAUGACGCCAAGUGGAGCAGUAUGUGGUACAUACACUGUAACGACGACGUCCAUAACUGCCAGUCAGAUAUGAACAUCAUGGGGGCUUGGAAGAGGGGCUACACGGGUAAAAACGUGGUGGUGACCAUACUGGAUGACGGCAUCGAGAGGAACCACCCAGACCUCUUUCAGAACUACGACCCUCAAGCAAGCUUUGAUGUCAAUGGCAACGAUAUGGAUCCCAUGCCUCGAUAUGAUGCAACCAAUGAGAACAAGCAUGGGACGCGGUGUGCGGGCGAAGUUGCUGCAGCCGCAAACAACUCCCACUGCAUUGUGGGAAUUGCCUACAAUGCCAAAAUAGGAGGUGUGCGAAUGCUGGAUGGCGAUGUAACAGAUAUGGUGGAGGCCAAGUCUCUGAGCCUCCAGCCGCAGCACAUCGACAUCUACAGCGCCAGCUGGGGACCUGAUGAUGAUGGAAAGACCGUGGACGGACCAGCUUCUCUGGCCAGGCAGGCCUUUGAGAAUGGCAUCCGUAUGGGGAGGAAGGGUCGUGGCUCCAUCUUCGUCUGGGCUUCAGGCAACGGCGGGCGCAGCAGAGACCAUUGCUCCUGCGACGGCUACACCAACUCCAUCUACACCAUCUCCAUCUCCAGCACAGCCGAGAGUGGACGCAAACCCUGGUACCUGGAGGAGUGCUCGUCCACACUGACCACCACCUACAGCAGCGGGGAGAACUACGAUCGAAAGAUUAUCACAACAGACCUGAGGCAUCGAUGUACAGACAGUCACACAGGGACAUCGGCCUCAGCUCCCAUGGCUGCUGCCAUUAUUGCUCUGGCCCUGGAGGCAAAUGCCCGUCUCUCAUGGAGAGAUGUUCAACACAUAAUUGUAAAGACCUCUCGAGCUGGACAUCUAAGCGCCCCUGACUGGAAGACCAAUGCUGCUGGUUAUAAUGUAAGCCACCUGUACGGCUUCGGUCUGAUGGACGCUGAGGCGAUGGUGAUGGAGGCAGAGCGAUGGGUGCAAGUUCCAAGUCAGCACGUCUGUGUGGAAAGCGCAGAUCGACAAAUAAGAACUAUCCGUCCAGAGCACGUGGUUCGGUCGGUGUACAAGGCAACAGGAUGCAAUGACAACCCCAACCAUCAUGUGAUCUACCUGGAGCACGUGGUCGUCCGUAUUACAAUCACACACCCUCGCCGCGGGGACCUGUCAAUCAAUCUGACUUCACCCUCAGGGACCAAAUCUCAGCUGCUCGCCAACAGGUUGUUUGAUCACUCCAUGGAGGGUUUUAAGAACUGGGAGUUUAUGACCACCCACUGCUGGGGGGAGAAGGCGGCCGGCGACUGGGUCCUAGAGAUCUACGAUUCUCCUUCUCAACUCCGCAGUCAGAAAGUGCCUGGCAAGCUGAAGGAGUGGUCACUGGUGCUGUACGGCACAUCUGUGCACCCAUACUCUCUGCGCAGUGAGAAGACCCGCUCCGCAGAAACGCUGGGGCCCACCGAGGAGGAGCUCACAGAAGAGUACAUCGGCCCCUGUGACCCUGAAUGCAACGAGAACGGCUGUGAAGGUCCCGGACCCCAUCACUGCAUCAACUGCCUCCACUACUUCCUCAAGUUCAAGAACAACACCAGGAUGUGUGUGUCCGAGUGCCCCAGUGGCUUUUUCCGCGAUGACCGGAAGCGCUGCAAGAAGUGCUCCUCGUUGUGUGAGACCUGCGUUGGUAGCCGUAGCGACCAGUGCACCACAUGCAGGACUGGUUUCCACCUCAACGAGGGCUUCAACACAUGUGUCGCCAACUGCGGUGACAGCUUCUACCUCGACCUUGAAUCCAACAUUUGCAGGAGAUGUCCAGAGAACUGUAAGAAGUGCACUUCCUUCAAUAUCUGCACAGAAUGUAAACCUGGGAUGAGCCUUCAAGCAAACAAGUGUCAGAUGACCUGUGACCCAGGGACUUAUUACAACGGCCACAGGAGGACUUGUGAGCCCUGUCAUCGGGCAUGUGCCACCUGCGCAGGCACAGGUAUAGAGGCGUGCACAAAGUGUGCAGACGGCUACUUACUGGAAGGCUGGCGGUGUGUGUUGACGUGCAGCACUGGAUACUACCUGUCAGAGCAGACCUCAGAAAGCGGGCAGCUGCAGAGGUCCUGUAAGAAGUGUGACCAUAGCUGCUACGAGUGCCUGGGGCCCGGUGAGAGGAACUGCAGCACCUGUGUCAGUGGAUACAAUCUGGAGGCAGGAGCCUGUGUGGUCAGCACCAUCUGCAAAGAUGCAAAUGAAGAAUCUUGGGCGGAAGGCAGUUUCUGUGUGCUCGUUAAAAAGAACAAUCUUUGCCAGAGGAAAGUGCUGCAGCAACUGUGCUGCAGAACGUGUUCGCAAAAGGGAUGACGGGACAUACUCACUGGGCGUAAAGGGAGUGCAGGGGGGAUGUGGGGGCACAGGGGGCACCCCUCCUUGUCAAACCCUCCUGCCCACUCAUUCACAGUCACAUAAUUUAUAAGAGAAUCUGUGCCUCUUAAAGGGACUGCAUCGGAGGUGCGAUGGCAGGACUACAACAAACCUACCUUUUUCUGUACUGGGACACACACACGUGGUCAGGGUGUAAAAUGACUGGGACUUAUUUCAAGAACAAACGAGCAAAUGAAAACAAAAGUGAAAACAAACAAAAGAAUAAAAGUGUCGGUAUUUUGUGACCAAAGCAUCGAUGCCAAAAUAAUUGAACCUUCUUUUUUUUUGCCAGUGUAGGAAGCAUAGCUUAAGACGGGAGCCACUUAGCCUCUGAAUACAUCUGUGUGCUUUUUUUUGGCUCUUUUUUUCCUUCUCUCUUUCCCGUGUUAACGGUAAACAGAUGGAAAGUGAAUAUACAGUAGGAAAGGCCUUGGUUUUUCUGCCUGUAAAUAUACGUCAAAGAAAAAAUAAAAGAAGCUAACUCGGUAAUGUGAAAAUAAUGUCUGUCUGGGCUGACUUUGGCUAUGUAGGAGUGGGAAGACACAGACACACACACACACACACACACUCACACACAGAUGAAUAUGUAGCUCACACAUACUCUAAUGGACAUGAACUCGGACACAUAAAUCAUACACCUCUUGAAAUCCGAUGCAACAAUGUCACCUUAUAAUGUAACGAACCAAAAUCACCACCUCAUUAAGUUUAUUUAAAUGUGUGUGUGUGUGUGUGUGUGUGUGUGUGUGUGUGUGUGUGUGUGUGUGUGUGUGUGUGUGUGUGUGUGUGUGUGUGUGUGUGUGUGUGUGUGUGUGUGUGUGUGUGUGUGUGUGUGUGUGUGUGUGUGUGUGUGUGUGUGUGUGUGUGUGUGUGUGUGUGUGUGUGUGUGUGUGUGUGUGUGUGUGUGUGUGUGUGUGUGUGUGUGUGUGUGUGUGUGUGUGUGUGUGUGUGUGUGUGUGUGUGUGUGUGUCAGUCAUUAAUUCUUAAUGUUAGCCCAGACAGCAUUGAUUCAUUCCAGAGGUACUACAAGUCGAGUCGAUAGUCAUUCCUUCCGGAGUUUUCUGCAGGGAAGGAAACGCUGCAGUGAGUUGUAAUGAAUUGGCGGUACUAGGGAUGCACAGAUGCCUAUUUUUCACUCAUGAUGCAGAUCCUGGAUUCUUAAAUUUGCCCAAAACUGAGUAUUGAUGCCAUCCAUUAUUACUGUGACAGAACAAUCUGAAGCUCCAUCAUUACUUUGUUGUCACUGGAUAUAAUAAUUAAAAUAUAACUCGUAUUUGUUACAGGGAACUGCAAUUGUUUUAUAUGUCCGUUUGAUUUCCGAGAUGCCAUAUGUAACCCCCAUAAAAGGGAAUUUUGUCCAAUAGUAAUAUUUGAUCUGUAUCGGUGCAUCCCUACAUGUUACUGUUCUCAAAUAAAAUAGAAUUUUAGAAGUUUCUACUAUUCGUCAUUCCAUAUAAUGGCAAUGCAUAUCAACAAGUAUUGCUCUACACUUUCAACACAGAAGGUCAAUGAACGGCACAGAAAAUACUUCAUAUACAUGUCGUUACAGUGCUUCAUGUGCAGGUAAGGUCUCUGACAGGCAGACAGACGGCAAAAGGCUGGGGUGCAAAUCAGAGCUGAGACUGUUUAGCGCUCUGUUAUUUUAGAAAUUGGAUUUUGCCAAAUGUUCAAUACGGAAACACAUUUUGCUGUAAACCCACGAAAAGUAAGAAAACAAGUAAAUCUUUUCUUUUUGUAUUGGCCAUUUGAACCCAAAGUGUGCAGACGGCAUCGCUGCAGGAGGAGGAGUGUGCCUGAAAUAUCAAAUCAUCAUUGAGCUCUAACUGUUGAUGUCGCUGAGGUUGACUAUCUGCCGAUUUACCUUCUGUCUGUCUCCGAACCUUACCUGGUGAAACUGAAAUGGUUAUUUUGGUGGUGCUGGUUUCUAAUAAAGAGCAGCAAUUAUAAUGUUUAAGAUUCUUAUUCUAUUUCUGCGGGUUUUCAAACCCGCAGCUUGAGCAUUUACAGUAUUAGAUGAAUUGUUGUUCUGUCAACUGGUUAUGGUUCUUGAUGAUUUGUAAUAAAGAUUGAUGACUCCCCUGUUUGGUUAACAAAAACUUAUUCCUGGUCAUUGUUUAAGAUGACUUGAAUUGACUUUAGAUUGUGUGGUAGUAGCGGCACACACACACACGCCCCUCGUAUAAAAGCUGUUUUUAUUGUGUACCUGUGACAUAUCUGUGACAAUGCAUUAUUAAUGUUACUCAAAGCCCUAGUUUUGAAAAUCUUUUUUUUUACUUAAGUGUUCUUAUUAAAAUGUUUAAUCUGUU